AAAUGUCCCAACCGCGACCGCUGAAAUUGAAUGCAUUUUCAUCGAUUUCUCAAACGUUAAGAUUACCAAUUCCCAGACCAUCUGCUCCAACAAAGCAUUCCGAGAUGCUAUUGUUAGACCCACCGUUUACAUAG